AUGCGCGAUGCAAUAGCGCCUCAGGAAGAAGAUGCCCGCGAAAGUCACUCGGCGCGCAAUUCGGCGCUUACGUUCCUUCACUAUCUCAAACGCCUUCAAGGCCCAACGUUCGUUCGGCGGGUGAGGAUUCAACUUCGGUACGGUUUCAGGGCGUCCAUCUUUGAAGUCCAUUACGCACCUCCUCCAGCGCUACCUAGGCCGCGCUCGCGCAUCCCUGAGUUGGAGAAGGACCCCCUCGACCGACAUGCAAAGUUACAGCCCGCCAGACAAUCUUCCUAGACCUCGGCAACAACGUGAACGCCGGGAUCAUC